AUGGAAGGGCCGAUCCGAGAUCACGUGGCCGAAGACACCCUCGCUUUCAGCGAAGAUAAUCUCGAGACCUUGGCAGAACCACACAACGACACGCUGGUAAUCUCCUUUCUUUUAAACAAAAUUCAGGUUAAACAUGUGCUCGUGGAUCCAGGCAGCUCGACCAACGUAAUCAGGUUAGGGGUAGUGGAACAGCUUGGCUUGCUCGAUCAGAUCAUACUCGCCUCCCGGGUUUUCCACGGCUUCAACAUGACCGACGAAGUAACAAAAAGAGAAAUCACCCUUCCAAUCGACACAUUUGGCACGGUUCAGAACACCAAGUUUCAAGUCAUCAAUGACAAUAUAAGGUAUAACGCAUUACUUAGCAGGUCGUGGAUACACAGUAUGAGGGCAGUACCAUCAACUCUGCACCAGAUGAUUAAAUUUCCGAUAAAGGAUGGCAUAACAACCAUAUAUGGGGAACAACAUGUGGUGAAAGAAAUGUUCACGGUUUACCAAGAGGAGCCGACCCCCGUACUCUCGACCUCGGAUGUGUCUUGGAGCAUAUAA